CUUGCUCAACCUGACGCCAGAAAAUACCAACCUCAAGUUUUCUUCUUAAUACAGGAGACGGACGCCCUGCAAAAAGUGAGCCGCCAACACCACCAGAUCACCAAAGAUGAAGUUGCAAACUACGCUAUGGGUCAUAUUGGCGAUAAGUUUUAUAGUGCUGCUCACGAUCGAAGCAAAGGGGCCAAAGAAACACCGCAUGCCCUCUCGUCGCGGCCCUUCCAGUUACCCACGGACUCGUCCUAGCCCCCACGGACCGCGACGGUCUCGCCCCAGCCCCCACGGACACCAUUCUCGUCCUAGUCCCCACGGACACCGUUCUCGUCCUAGCCCCCACGGAAACCAUUCUCGUCCCAGCCCUCAUGGCCACCCACAUUCUCGUCCCAGCCCUCAUGGCCACCCACAUUCUCGUCCCAGCCCUCAUGGACACCCACAUUCUCGUCCCAGCCCUCAUGGACACCCACAUUCUCGUCCCAGCCCCCACGACCAUCAUCACCACCAUGACGGAUCAUACAGAAAUGAAACAUUUGAACAUGACCACGACUUCAGUGGAUUGCUUCAAAACUUGACAGCAGAGUUUUGGACCAACAAUACAGACAGUUGUUACUGCAAUGAGAACCCCUGUACUAUUAACAAUGGCGGCUGCGAAGACCUGUGUGUAAAUACGUACGCCGGCCAUUACUGUGCGUGUAGUCUGGGCUAUCAACUGGUGGUCGGGGAAAACGACACAACUUCCUGUGAAUAUGAAAUCACGUGUGUGGCGCUCAACGAAUACAAUCAGUUGCUGUGUAUCUGUGAAGAUCCCAAUGGCAGAUACCCAGUGAAUGGAACAAGGUGUCAAGACAAGGAUGAGUGUAUCAUGGAGAGUCCGUGUCAAGACCAGUGUACUAAUACCAUUGGUAGCUUCUUCUGUGGUUGUUCGGAUGGAUAUCGUCUCUCAAAUGAUUCCAAGACAUGCAUUGAUAUAAACGAGUGUCUGUUGCCGGGAAGUUGUUCACCCAUUUGUAUCAACACCCCAGGUUCUUUUUUCUGCCUGGGCAUCGGUGGAAAUUUACAGAACGGUCGCAAGAAGCGAGCGGCGGGCAUUGAAAGUGGCGACAUCUAUGGUGACUUUCUUGGAGAGCAACAGGGAUCCAUGGAAAUCCAACUUCAACAGCUUCGAAUCCAACUGCAAGAAAACAUGAAAGCUGAACAGAAAAAGAACAGAGAAGAACAUUUUUGGCAGUCCGUGGCGUACUUUCUUGUCGUUGAUAUUGCAGUUCUUAUGGUACUGAUCCUUUUUUGUAGACUAAACAGGCUUGAAAAAGAACUCCAGAGAUCGAACUUAGGAACGGAAAGUUUUGAACACAGUAGUGACGUUGUUACAUUUGCCAAUUUGUCAUUAAAAAAUAAGCUUUGAGGUUAUACAGCCUGCUAGUUCGGCUGUGGUAAGCUUUGGGAACGAUUUUUGAACUUUUUCAUUUAAUAAGUAUAAAGAAGAACCUUUUUCCUUUUUUUAAACAUUUUUUGUCUUACAUUUUUUCUGUGUAGGUUUUUAUCUCUCUUCAUUUUUUGAGGUCCGUAAAACGAAAAAUUGGCUGUAUUGAAAUUGAGGAUUUGUUUUAAAAGAAUAAUCCGUGCGUUAUACGUUUUCCACCAUUGUAUUGCUUUUGUAUUAGCGUGCUGAUUAUUAGGGCACGCUUUUAGUAUUAUUAAUGCACUGCUUCUGAUUAUCAUUCAUUAUAAUAUCCGACCAUUUUCAUCAUCUACACAUUACAUGUUUUUCCUCUCGGCAUGGCAUGGUUCAUCACAUUUUAUGAACACGCCUUGCCUAUGAUGCACGUUUUAAUAAACAUUUUAACUGAUGCAU